AUGAUUGGAGCUCCUCUAACUAUAUCGCCUGAGAGCGAUAGUCGACUUGAUGGCCUACUCUGGGAGAGAGCUGCUGGGAAUGUCCAAUGUGAUAGACCUUACAAAUUCAGCACUACUCCAGUUCCACUCGGCAACGACAUCUGCAAGCGGUGUCGUGGAGUGCAUAAACUAUUACCACCUCAGAUGAUCACCAUCUCUGGCGAGCUUUUGGAAAUCGAUGUCUCUGUUCUUGCUGAAGAUGAACAUUCAUUCAUCACCGGGUUCAAGCUUGUCUACGGCGAAAGUAUGUCAGGCAUCAAUUUUGGCUAUCAAAUCCCUCAAAAGCAGAUCAAGAUUGAUCUUCGCGGUCACCAGCUGAGAGGCUUUGAAGUAUUCGCUGGAGAAGGGGGCAUCCAGGCCAUACGUCCAAUCUUCGAUCAGAAAUAUGAACUUAGCCAUAUACUACUCACUCCAGAUGGAGAGUUGAAAGCCUUUGCUGGGGAUUUUGAUGCGCCAGACACCAUGAUCUGA